AUGACCGCGCAUUUUUUAAGAACACACUUAAAACAUGCAUGCAUUGUUUUAAAAGUUCAGCAGCCGCUUACUCAGUCUAUUGUUUUUGUCUCAGGAGCACAACGCCGUGGAGGCAUGAUAGACUACGAUACUUUUAUGAACAAUUUUGUUACAAUGGUCCAACAGGAACUACACGAACGAUUGAACGUAAGCAUGUACCAUGUCCUACUGCCUGACCACCUUGUGUCCGUGAGUGGCCGCAGCAUUAACCUUGGCGAGGAUCGCUUGAUGCGCAUUUUCGGUCUGAGUUUUAAGUUUUGGCGCAAUGGAAACUGCGAAAAGUGGAUUUACCAUAAGAAGAACCACCUCCAUUGUCCCGUCAAGUUUGAUGACCUAAAAAUACAGCUGCCACUGUUGGCCAAUGAAGUAACUGUAUAUGUGGUGCACGUCACAAUCACCGGAACGCUAGUUUUUCAACAAGAUAAAAGUAAUUUGUUAUUUCAGCGGUUUAUCUGGAAGAAAAAGCAAUACAAAAUAAUGAAUUCUGAUGGAGAACCGGUAAAUCCGCCUCCAGCUGCCUAUUGUCUGAAGGCAAAGUCACCAUCUAGUUUAAAAGUCAGUCUGCAAACAAUAUUUGAGAACCUGAUUGAGCACGGAAUAUUCAAAGACGCUGUGGAAUCCUCACUUAAAAAAAUACGGAAGCCCAUGCUAAAAGCUAAAACAAUUAUAAAAUCCCUUCAACACCCACUUACAUUAAUCUAA